AUGGACUCUGACCGCGACACCUACGUGUCGGCUCGAAGCAGACGCUCAUCCACCACCAUUCGCGGCCCACCUCCCCCGACCGUUGAGACGGAGCUGGCUGUAAGAAGCCGCGCUACAAGUCGCGCCCCGAGCAAGGCACCAAGCAUCAGGGCCCCUAGUGUUAGGGCGCCGAGUGUUAGAGCCCCCAGCGUACGGGAGCCCAGUGUCGUCGCCGUGCCGAGCGCCAGGGCCCCCAGCGUGCGUGAACCCAGUGUAGUUGCCGCCCCCAGCCGGGCGCCUAGUGUCCGGGAGUCUAGCAUCGUUGCCAUACCAAGUAGGGCACCUAGUAAAGCUCCCAGUCGGGCACGUAGCAGCGCCAGCAGGGCACCCAGCAAGGCGGCAUCUCAUGCGGGAGGCAUGCACGACGUCGUCAUGGGCGGCAACACGUACUCGACGCCACCCAACGCCAGUCGCACGCCCAGCCAUGUUUCAGCACGCAACAUUGGAUUGCCCACGAGCGGCGUCGGCAGCAGCCAUGCUGCUUGGGACGACGAUGUCGUCAGCGUCGCCCCGAGCGAUAGUAUCAGCUGUGUUGGUAGUAAGAUGAGUAGACGAAGGUACAAUCAUUAG